UUUUGUUUAUAGUUGCAGACUACAAGCAGCAGAGUGUAGGGGUGUCGGCACUGUAAUGAAAAGAAAAUACGAAUAGAGUGUAGCGACAAAUGACAAACAAAAUCGAGAAUAAAUUAAAAAUACCAUUAAAAAUAUGAAUUUUCCAAGUGUGUUAAGUGGCAGGUGUUGCUGCUUAUAUGGAGGAUUGAUAUAUUUGUGUAUGCUGUGUUUGAGUUAAAGUUAUCACAUAUGUUCUGAUUGGAUUAGUAUACGUUGGGCAAUGCGCGUACUGUAAGGACCAAUGGCAACUAGGUACCCAUAUGUAGGCCAAGACAUGUCGCAGCCGUCUCUAGGCGAGCAGGGGCCUGGGACAAGGUUCGGGGCACCAGGAUACUGGGCCCAGCAGAUGCCGAUGUCACGAACAACAAGCAGCGGUGGCGAUCAGAAGCACAAAGAGUACCUGAAGCAGCAGGAAAGACUGCGCUUCAUGGCCGCUUCGGCACGAAAGGCUCCAGUCAGUGCAGAUGCCCUAAUAGAAAAUUUAAUGGGCAAGGAAGAAACUUUCAAACCAAAAGUCCACAAUAUAGCACAGGCCGUGGCGGCGGUGCCGCAGCAGCUGGGAGCAGAGCCAACCUGGCUGCAGCCGUCCUCGGCGCAGUUCCCCACCCUGUACCAGGCGGUGUGGGCCCUGGUGGGGCAGCCCUCCGGCCUGGCGGACACCUCCCGCCUCUCGCCCCUCCUGCUCACCAGUGGGCUGCCCACGGAGGUGCUGGGGUUCAUCUGGGGCGUGGCCAACCAGCAGGUGCCGGGCCACCUGACGGAGCGCGAGACGUACCUGGUGCUUGCACUCAUCGCUCUGGCUCAGAGUGGCUGCACCUUCAACAGUUUGAGUGUGCUGAAUCUUAUACCUCAGCCACCAAUACCUAAGCUGACUUUACCAUUUGCUGUACCUGAUACAAAGCAGCAUAGAUCCGGUAGUGCAGCUCCGCAACAUCCACAGAAAUCCCAGAGUGACAACUUAAACCUUACUUCGGGUCUGGUGGAAGCACAAGUGCCACCUGCAGCCGAUGCUGAUUUUGACGAGUUCACAGAUUUCCAGAGUGCUGAAGUCAUUCCAACUGCACCUACCAAGACAUCCUUGAACGACUCUCCCUCAACACCUUUGCCGUCAUCAGUUGUGUCUUCAGAAAGCACAAGCGAAACUCUGAUGGGGCAUAAUUUUCCGAAUGUAGUGGUAGUGGGCAUGACGAGUCGAAGUGUCGGCAGCAGGCUUGCCAACCACUCCUUGGGGGCUCCUAGAACAAACAGGGGCAGACAUCACAGACACCAUCGUCACCAACACCAGCAGCAACAGCAGCAGCAACAACAACAACAACAACAACAACAACAACAACAACAACAACAACAACAACAACAACAACAACAGCAGCAGCAGCAGCAGCAACAACAAGUACAUCAUCAUCAACAGCAGCAGCAGCAGCAGCAGCAAAGUACUAGUCAACUAGCAGAUGAUGAAUUUUCAGAGUUUCAGCAGGCAAAGAAUCCGGCAGAAAUAGAUGAGUUGUUUCCUAAGUGCAGCAAAAAACCAUCCCAUGGUUUGACGUACACCCUCAAGGAGAGUGCUAUCCGAACAAAUGAGGCCACGACAAGUGCUCCAGAACUUUUAGUUUUUGACGACAGACCAGCGGAAAGUGACGUAGUUCCUUCAACAGAUGUGAUCACCACACCUUCAUCCAUUUUCAGUGAGGAAUCGCCCCCUGUAUUUCCAGAAAUACCAAUGCCCAAAAUUGAUGAGAAGCCAGUGUCUGCACCUGUUACAGAAGACAGGUACAGUGCUCUGAGAGAUCUUUUCACCUCAGAUGACAAGCAAGAGCCAGAUAAACUAACUGAAGAUUUGAUAAAUACCACAGCCCAAGAUGAUUUUGGUGACUUCCACUCUGCAGAUGACUUAUUUACAGACUUGGCAAAGCGGGAAUCUCUCCGUGAUCCUGUGACCACAGCCUUUCAGGAUGAAGGUCUGCCAGCGUGGAAGGCAAGUCAUGCUGUAGGGUCAGACUCCUUUCAGUUUGCAGUAAACUGGGACACUGCGGAGGGUAAUGAUGGGGUGGAAAUAAAACCUACCCUGACAGACCAUACAGGUUUGGAAAGAGUUUCUGCACAGUGUGAUAAAUUUGGUGUGGAAUCUGAUCUCGUUGGUAGUUUCCUGGAUUUGGAUUUGAGUGGUAGCACAGCAACUUUUCCCACCAAAGUAGAAACACCAGUAGCUACAGGUUUUCAGGUAGCUGUACCUGAUGACGUACUAGAUAUUGAUUGGAGUCAUCCAAAAAUAACUGAAAGUAAUCCAAAAGUGCAAGGAUUUCUCGGGCAGAUUUAUAGUAAUGCAUUACCAGUCAAACGAGAUGAUGUGAUCACAGUGGAAAGUAUGCAGGAUGAUGAAGAUGAUUUUGGGGAGUUUGUUGGUCCUGAAACUUGGCCUGAGGAAACCAAAGUUGAAGAUGGGAAGGACAUUGUGUUCGAUGAGCCACCAAUUGGAAUGGCCAAAGACUUGCUCUUCUACGACAACCAGUCUGUCAGCAGCUUGGAACUCCCUCCCUUAACGCUCAGUCGGCAUGGAUCCGUACCAAGUCUCGACCUGAAAGUGUACCCCAGCACGGGAGAGAAGUCUGCAGCAGGACCUGUUUUGGAUCUUUCACCACAAGGCCAGGAGCGACAGCUGUGUGAGUGGAGCAGGUGUCUCCAGAGCUGCCUGUCACUGCUCCAGGCAGCUGUCGACACUCUGGGCUCCAUCUCCAGCGACCAGGUCCUGGAGGAAGUGCUGGGGGCACCCGAGGGCAAAGGUUACCUGCAAGAUUUGCACGAAGUGUACGGAGUGUGUCAGCGCGUGGAGUUGUCGUACCUACCACAGACCUGGAAUGAGCCCAAAAUGGAUUCGCUGAUUGCCAGUGUGAACACUGCGUGGACCAACCUGCAACAGUAUUACUCUAAGGCAGAUGUUUCGGUGGCGUGCGAGUGCCGGCUGUCGAGUGGCAGCGCCGUGUGCGGGGUGUGUCUGGCCGCGGUGGGCGACACGGAGCCCGGCCCCGGCUACAACACUCGGCAGCUGGAGCACGCGGGGCGCAUGUACCAUGCCGCUUGCGCCAACCUGUGGGUGAACUGUGUGGACGGCAGCCUGCCCGCGCUGCUGCCGUGCUCGGGCGGCUUGCUGUAGCGCCACGCACCGGACACGAGCCCGUCAGAUGCAUUUUCACCAAAAAUGGAAAAAAAAAAUAUAGGUAUAUUUUCUGGCAACCAUUUGUUGCAUUAUUUAAGUUGAAAAUUUAGUUUUGUAAAUAAAGUGAUAACCAGUUGUGGAACAACACUGAGGUCACCUGAAUAUUGAAUUUACACUGUGUAAACCUCAAUAAAAACCCUGUUAAUUCAAAGUUGUAAUUGUUACAAGGUUAAACAGUUACAUAUAGCAAAAGAUGGUUAGUACAAAUAUUCCAAAGUAAUGUAAAAAAAAAAAUCUGAAGAUUCAACAAAAA